CAAUGCAAUAAAACAAGAAGUUUACUAUUCGUAGGUCUACAGUAAUGUAAAAAACAAAGAUUGAAACAAGUAAAAUUGAAUAUUUCAAUUUAGUUCCAUAAAAACCUAUGUGUAAGAUUCCUCAAUAGGUUCCAGUUUAGCAAACUUAAUUAGAAAAUACUUCAAAUCUAAAUAGGUAUAGAUAUAGUUAAUGUAUUUUUAGUAAGGAUGAAUAAAAAAAACUAUUGAAUGAAAAUGAACAACUAAGGUAAUAAUUAAAAGAUAAGUGUUAAGAAUAUGAUAAAAAAAUUUCAAAAAUGAGUGAGGUAUAAUUCUUAUUAUUCUCAUAGCUAACUAAAGAAUUAGAAAGAGAACUUAAGAAAAGAGAAGAAGAAAUUGAUUAUUUUAUUUAGAAAAUUGAUAAUAAAGAUAAAGAAAUAAAAUAAUAAAAAGACCUAAUUCUUAAAUUGAAAAGUAAGAAGUAAGAUUACAAAAAAAAAUGUUAAGAAAUUUAAUAAUAACAUCAAUAACAUUAACAUGAUCCAUUUCAAUAAUUAUUAGAAAUGAGGGCACUUCUAUUAUAACUAAGAAUGACAGCACAAGUUUUGCCACUUCUACAACAAUAAUCUAGAUUACGAUAAUAUUAAACUCAAGCUAUUGAUGUAGACAAUAUGAGUUAUGAAUAAUUGCUAUAAUUGGAAGAAUAGAUGGGGUAUAUUAUAAUUGAUAUUAUUUUAUAGAACUGUGUCAAAUGGUAUAGCUAGAGAGGAUAUCAGAAGAAUUCGUAAAAGAGUUAUUCAAUAAAGUGAUAAUAUCUAAGGAAUAUGUCCAGUUUGUCAAUGCAACAUGGAGAUAGGUGAAAAGUAUCGAAAACUGGGGUGUAACCAUUAUUACCAUUCUAAAUGCAUCAAAAAUUGGUUAUUGUAGCAUAAUAACUGUCCUGUUUGCAAACAGAAUGUUGUAAUUGCUAUUUGAUU